AUGACACCCGACUGCCGGCCGGUUCCCCCUGUGGUCCGCCUAAGCCGCAGACUGCUGCAGCUGCAGCAGCAGCUGCCUCACCAGCAACAGCAGCAGCUGCUGCAGAGGCUCUUGCAAGGCCAAGACAGCAAAAUAGUCGAACUCUGUGACGAGCACACUCCUUCCACAAGGAGCCCGACGGGGUCGGCUGUGCGCCAGCAGCAACGCCAAUCUCGACUAGCCAGCGGCAUCAGCAGCAGUAGUAGCAGGCACCUACAGCGCGCUUUAGAGGAGGCAAGACAGUUGAUGCGCAGCUUGUCGCUUGUUUCAGGUAGCAGCAGCAGCACUAGUAGAGUCAGCAGCAGCAGCAGUAGUAGUAGAGGCAGCAGCAGCAGUAGAGGCAGCAGCACAAGCUGUAGCAGCAGUACCAGUAACACCCCGAAUGGAAGAUCAGUGCCUUUAGCACAGCCAGCUCCAGGGGCAGGGAUUCCCGACGCUGCAGAGAGAGAGAGGGGUGUUGACGGGGGGGGUUCAGCCCCCCCUCCCCAGGGAGGGGCAUCUCUGAAGGAUUUGCAGGUGCAGCAGCACGCUGCAGCAGGUGUCAUUCGAGAUCUAAUGAAAGGCGUAGAGAGACAGCACCAGCUGAUACAGCAACAGCAACAGCAACAGCAAGAAAUCGAGGAGAAGCGGGAGCUUCUCCAGCACCGAUUAGACGAGCAGACCGUAAUCGUCCGUCGUCAAGAAGCACUUAUAAAGCAACAUGAGGAUCAGCUGCGGCGGCAGCAGCACGAGGCUGGAGCGCAGCAGCGGCUCCUGCAGAAAGCUCAGCAGCAGCUGCAGCAGCAUGAGCGGGGAGAGAAAACUCUUGCCAUGGAAGCAGAUAAGCUUAGGAGACAGCACAGAGACAGGGAGACUGUCUGGGAACGUCGAGCUGCUGCAAUGCAGCAGGAGCUGCGACGGGUUGCAGCAGAAGUAGCAGCAGCAACAAGAGCCAGAGGCGCUGCUGAGAGGCACGCCGAAAAGCAUGUACAGCAGCCAGUUGACACACGCAUGCACACCCACAACACUGCAUCUCGUGGAGACCAGCUGACUCUGCAAACGGAUCCGACAGCUCUUUUUGCUCUUGCUCUCAUGAGCGAACUCCGUGUAGGAAAGUGUGCAUACGGGAAGGUGCAACAUGGAGACCACCCCUGGCAGGAAGCACUACGAGCUGAGGGGUGUCUCCGCCCAUUGGCAGCUUUUGCGAGGCCUCAAACCGCGAACACGAAAACGCUAUGCUCUCUUAGAACCCCUCGCAACAGCAACUCUCCAAGGCAGUGUCUCAUGAGCUCCUAG